GCGCACUGCGCAGGUGCGCUUGUGGUCAACCUACAGCGAUGUGUCAUGGGAUACUCAAUUGUUUGUAAAUAUUUUGCAUAUAUAUGAAUUUUUUUUUGCAUAUUUCACUUAACGCGACGUGAAGUUCGAUCCAACGGCACGGUCGUGAUAUUUCCGUGCAGAAAUCGCAGUUCGCAGCUUGUUGCGAUCGUGAGUUUACUCCAAUUUGAGGUCCAGCUGAUAGCUUUGUUUCAUUUCGAGUGUAUGGGUAGCUUAAGAUUAAGAAAGAACAAUGUCGAUGUCAGCGAUUACGCCUCGGAAAUUGCCAAUCUUUGUGUUUCCACAAAGCAUUACAUUCUAUUUGGACGACCAAUCCACCCACAAGCAAGUGUUAACUUUGUAUAACCCAUAUGAAUUUCCAGUUAAAUUCAAAGUUUUGUCUACUGCGCCAUACAAAUAUCAAGUGGUUGAUCCAGAGGGCGUAAUAAAAGCGAGUUCCUGUGUAGAUAUUGUCGUCAGACAUACAGCAGUUUUGGCGACUAACUGCAAUGUGAUCGACAAAUUCAGGAUACAAAUGUACGAAUAUCCUAAUAAGCAGAUAAUUGGAAAAAGAGAUGUAGAAGCUAAACUUCUUCCUGGAAUAAUGGAUACAGCUGGACGAGCGACACCAGAUCCAGACAUAUUUCAACAACUUCCAAUAAAUGAGAAUAAGCAGCAGGAAACAUAUGCACUUAUAAGCCGAAAUAAAACUAUGGAUCUUACAAUAAUGAAUUUAUCCUCGAAUAAAUUAUUAUUGCACGUUAACGGUGCUCUAGGCGGUACAAAUCACGUAGCGCUCAUCGCAGGAAUUAUAUGUAUAAUUGGAUUACUUCUACCUACUGAAGGAGAACAAAAUCAUAGGCUGCCUGAUUAUCUCCAUCUCUCUGUGAAUUUUAAACUAAUAUUCUCAUUUGUAUUAGGUAUGGUUGCAAAUAUCGUUUUAGGGCUAUAAUCUUUAGAUUUUUAUACGAACAACUUUGUACACAGGAUAGAAGAUCGUAAGAUAAAAUUAAUAUAAAGACUUCGUUGGGCCUCCUUUCUUACGAAAUGUACUCGAUUCUAGUCUACAAACAAUAAAUUUCAACAUUGUGUUGACCAAGAUAGAUCCUAUUUUAACGAGGCAGUCUCGAAACGUAUGAUAAGAUAUUCUGGCUCGUGAACCAUUCCAGGCCUACUGGGAAACGUAAUGUAAUUUUAUUUAAACCACGCGCGAUCAUGUAUAUAUACCGAUGAUAAAUUAUAUAUGCCUUUAUAAACGUAAUAUAAUGGCAAAACAUGUUAAUAUUUAUACUGCUAGCUCAUCUGAUUUUGUAUUUUUAUGUUGUAUAUAUAAUCAUUGUAAUAUAUAUUUCGCCGUUUAUAAUGAUCACUUUAUAUAAUCUAAUUGCCAUGAUCUCAUGUAUGUACAGUUAGAUAAGAGGAUCUUCCUGUUGUAUAUAAAGUUGGAUUAAAAUUUAAAUAUUAAAAAGUAUCUACAAUAGAUAA